AGAAUGAUACAUGUAUCAUUCGGGAUCCUCCCAAGUUAUUCAACAGUCUAGAUGCUCUAAAACAGUUGAAAAGAUUUUUUGUAAUUCUUGAGGGUGUGUUUGGUUGCACUCAAUUAAAAAUUUUCAUGAUUAAUCAGUCUAAUUUCAUGGAAAAAAUCAUGAUGUUCCAUGAAAUUUGGCUUCAACCAAACAUAGCCUUAGAAAGUAUUCAAAAUUUUCCUGAAAUUUUUAUUUUAUCUUUCCGUAUUUUUUCUACAUCAGGACCAAUCUCCCAAAUACUAGCUUUGUAGCAAUGGUAUUAGUCCAAACUGUGUAUUUUGAUAACAUCGAAGAUUAUUUGGAUUUGGGAAUUUUCUUUGCUUUUUUUUUUUUUCUUUUUUCUUUUUGUGGGUAUAUAUGUAUAUUUACAUAUCACUUGGUUUUCAGGUUCUUCCUUAAAAUUUUGGAAUAGUAAAUUGUAGAUUUCUUGACUUGAGAAUGUUGGAACUGCAAAUUUAAAUCUUUAGUUGGUGAAUGGAAUGAUCAUUGAUUUGAGAUUAGGACCUAAUCAGUGUUACGGUUCUAUAUUUCCCUCAGCAGAUGAGUAAUUUGUUCUUUCUUUGUUGCAGGUAUUUAUAUACCUUUGUAUUUUUGCAUGCGAAGAAUAUUUAUUGCUAAUGAGAUUGGAAGGAAAAUAUUAGAUUUUGCAUUUGAUAUGUUUGAAAUGAUGAAUUCAAAAUCUUUAGCACCAAGUGAUGGCUGAAUUGUAAUUAGAAACAUGCAUGCAUUGCAAUAAAAUCUCAAAUCUUGCUCACAGAGUGCAGAUUUCGAUCAUUUUCGAUUGUGGGUGGUAACAUGAUUUAUUUUGCUGAAACAUAGUGAAAUUCAAUCCUUCGUCACCCUGGGUAUUAAGAUAACAUCAGUUUCAGUGGAAUGUCUAUUGGAUCACAGUGAUUAUGUUUCAUCCUAUGGUUUGUUGAAACUAGUUUCCUUUGAUAGGAUCAGGACUUUUGUGGAUCGGGGGUUUCUUCUUUUCAUUGUCUCUUUAAUUCUUAUGAUUAUUGCAUGUUCUUUAGAUUUUCAAUCUAUUACUAUCAAAUGCAUUAGAAGAAGUCAGCAUUCAGCAUUAAAUCUGAACAGCAAUUGCACCUAUGUUUUGUAUUUAUGUUUUAAAGACAUGAAGCAGAUCACAUAUGCAGUAUAGGCCUUCUAUCUAGUUUAAUUCUUCCCACGCUUUUAUAGAAAUUCAAAUUUUUUUUCCUGGAGUGGUAUUCAUUCGUCACUCCCAUCUUUUUCUUUUUUACUUUUUUGUUUUGAAUAGUGACAAAAUUUUAUUUAUUCAAAGAUAAGAAAGUCAAGAGCGAAGUGAAACCAGUCUUCUAGUGAUCCUCUCGUCUCUAGAAUAGACAGAUUGAUCUGCACAAAACAUUAAGGGGGAAACAACCCAGAACGUUUGUCGCUCCCAUCAUUUCUCAUCAAUUAAAAAUGUAGCAAAUAUAGCAAUAAAUAACAGGACUGUCACGCAUUAGCUUUGUUGAUAAGCACAGGCUCAGUUAUAGAAUUGCUUGAUGCAUCUUGUAAUCUAGUUUUCCAUCACUAAAACAUUUUUUUAUUCAUUUUGUUUUAUAUAAUAUGGUGGCAAUUUUGGUUUGAGAACAACAUCGGUCAUGAUACCGGUCACCUGACCUUUUUCAUAUGGUCCGUGUUUAAUAGAAUUUGGUAUUUGGGUUUAGAAUGUCAGGAUUUGUUAUAGGGGUUGGGUUAGAAGUUUCCCAAAAAGUGACAUGCUGGAUGUGCUCCGCCCAGAUUGCUAGUGGGUUCGGUCGACUCUUGAGUUGUUCUAAACACACUUGCAAUUUGGAGCCGGGAAAAAAAAAAACAAAAAGAUAAGCCUCAGAAAAAGCUUACAUCAUGAAAGCCAAGUAGCACACAGCAUGUGUGCUUGGAUUGAGGGUAAAUGAAGUAGUGGCAGGGAGCUGGGGUUUGGUUGACUUCCAAACGGGCCCUUAAUGUUACUGGGGCAUAGCCGUAAUUGAGAAUGUUAGCAUCUGGAACUGGGGUUCAAGUAUUUUAGCCCCUUUUGUUCAAUGAAUUUGGUUUCAGGUUUUUAUCUUACUGCCUAGCCAACCCCAAAUAGCUGGUACAGGGCUAUGAUGACGAUAAUUUUAAUCUUGCUGUUCUUUGUUAUUAAACUUCUAGAACUUUGGUACUUUCUAUAAUGUGGGAAUAUCUCAUCAUCGCUUGCUGUCUCGUGUGAGAUAGUUUUUAUGCUGUAUAUGUAUUGUAUGUUCUUUCAAAAAAGUAUAUGUAUUGUAUGUAUGCAUGUAUGCAUGUAUAUCAUGUCCUUACAUCACUGUUAAUGCUUACAAGUGAAGCAUCAUGUAUUUUAUUUUAUUUAUUUUAUUUUAUUAUUUUUUUUAACUUUUUCUAGAUUUCAAUUGGAAAAGCAUGGGCCACGUCUUUGUCUGCAAAUUAUACAGUCUAAACGCAGUCCUUGUUAUCUGGAAUUUUAUUUAUUUUUCAUCUUUUCAAAUAUUCAUUUAUUGUCUCUUGCUCUUUGUUUCUUCAAUCUUCAUGACUUUGUGUGCACAAUUACAGUAGGACCUGUUCUCCUCAAGUCGGAUGUUUGUGCAAGAUCCAGCCCAUUGGUGGGCCUCAUCAUGAAUGUGUCAUUGCUCAAAUCAGGCUGGUCAGAUCAUCUGGUGGACCACAUGUAUGAUGAGUGCAGACCAUUGGUUAAUAUUUUCUAAACCAUUUAUUCACACAUGUAUAGCAACAUGAUGAUGGAGCAACCUACUUUUGAGCCAUGGCACUUAUACCCUGGGGGCAAUCAGAUGAACAACAACCUGAUCGCACACACGUGCCACAUGGAGAGGAUAGAUUUGGCCCCACUCUCAUGAAUAGCAUCACAUUUCUCAUGCAGGUGUUCAUGUGGUGUCAUGGACCAUGGUUUGGAAUCUGAUGUCUUCCCUUUUCCUCUACAAGUCCAUUGCAACAUCUAUCACCCUAGUUAGAGAGGAUUUCUUCCAUCAGUUUACUGCUCAAGCUUGGGACGCCUAGCAGGUAUCAAUGGAGAACAAAAUCAAAGACAACCCACCUCGACAGAAAUGGAGAAAAGUGGCAUAUGGAGGCAUGCAACCCGGGUAUGAUGACAACUACAGCGAUGAGUCUUUCCUUGAAGACAUGGUCAUGAAUGCCAAUGUUGUAAAGAGAGACAUGUUGAGAGUGAUGCAGGAUUCUGUUUCCAUUUCUCAAUACCUCUGCAUCGUAGCUCUUGUGGUUUGUGUUUGGACCUACAUGUUGGGCUCCAUAAUCGACGAGACUUCCCUCCUUUUCCUGGAUGUGGGUCUUCUAGUACUUGGCUUCCUAGUACUCUCGCUAACAGCAAAGAGGCUUUCCCUUCAGCUCCUCUCCAAAUAUCUCCUUAACAUCUCCUUCUUCAUAAGUGGGCUGUAUGUCUUGGCUCCUAUCUACUAUACUCUUACUAGGUCCAUCAGCUCAGACUCCAUUUGGGCUUUAACUGUUUCGCUUCUCAUCGUUCAUCUCUUCUUGCACGAUUAUUCGGGUUCGACAAUCAGACCCCCUGGGGCUCUAAACAAUCCAACCUUAACUAGCAACAUCUCUUUGAAUGCAUCCAUAGUGGCUUCAGUUCUCAUCGCCUCCCGUCUCCCAUCGAGGCUUCACGUGUUUGCGAUCAUGCUCUUCUCCUUACAGGUCUUCCUCUUUGCACCGCUGGUCAUGUACUGCAUAAAAAAGUACUCUUUCAAGCUGCAUCUUUGUUUUUCAUUUGUAUUGGCAAGUGCUACUUUGGGCAUCGUUUUUCCAUUGCAUCGGUUGCUGUUUGCUCUGUUCUUGGGUCUGUUGCUUUUCAUUACAGUUGUCUGUCCCUACUGGCUUAUAAAGAUACAGGAAUACAAGGUGGAGAUAAAUGGUCCUUGGGAUGAGGCAAAGCUCUGUUUUGACAUAACAGAUUAAGCAGUCACCUUUGCAUCAUUGUUGCAAAUUUCUGUAUGGUGAGACCAACAAGAAACAGAAAUUCAAAUUCAUUUAUUAUUUGGGUA